AUGGCUGGCAUCAUGGAGACACCAGGUAACGAAUAUACACCUAGCUUCGCACCUUUUUUUGGAAUGGCAAGUUAUGACCCUGAGCUUCUGACUGCCGGCAUUGCGUCUGCAAUGAUAUUUGGAUGUUUGGGAGCAGCGUAUGGGACGGCAAAAGCAGGAAUUGGCAUUGCUGGCGUCGGACAAUAUCGUCCUGAUCUAGUUAUGAAGUCGUUGAUUCCGGUGGUUAUGUCUGGAAUCAUCGCGGUCUAUGCUCUUGUAAUAGCCGUCUUGAUCGCUGGAGACAUGGAACCUCCCCCAGCGAAGCACUACAGCCUCUUUACCGGCUUCCUGCAUCUGGCCAGUGGUCUCAGCGUAGGGUUGGCAGGGUUGGCCGCUGGCUACGCCAUCGGCAUUGUGGGCGACAUGGGUGUGCGAGCUUAUAUGCAGCAAUCCCGGAUUUUCGUGGGUAUGGUGCUCAUUCUGAUUUUUGGCGAGGUGCUGGGACUUUACGGUUUGAUUGUCGGCUUGCUCCUGAACUCGAAGAGUUAA